AUGAAUUGUGCGACAGACGCAUCCUCUGUGGACGAGGUCCCGUGUCACAUUCGCUCAUCGCCGCCUGCGACCCCAACCCGGCAAACCACCAGCUCAUGGAGAAGCCUGUUUUCCUUUACUUGCCGAUCGCAUCUGGGCGUGCUCAUGGCCGCUGUGCUGGCCUCCAUGGUCAUUGCCGCCAUCCGAACCGUCCUGUCCAUCAUACUGGGCAAAGUAUUUGACAUCAUUUCCGAGUUUGGAACCGGAACCCGAAACGGCGAUAGUGCUAUGACGGCCGUAUCGCAGUGGUGUCUUGUCCUGCUUGGGCUUGGCCUCAGCAACUGGCUAGCUGGUACUGCCUUUCUUGGUCUUUGGGUCGCGUUCGGGGAGUUGCAAGCGGACAGUGCCCGUCGCGAAAUGUUCCAUCGCUUACUCUCCCGUGACCUGGCCUGGUUUGCUGGCUUGGAUCAGGGCAUAUCCAGUCUCCUGGUGAGCGUUCAGUCGCAGACAAGAGAUCUUCAGUUUGCCUCCUCUCAGGUGUUUGGCUUCCUCGUCUGCGACAUGGCAACCGCUUGCGCAUCUCUCGCCAUAGCAUUCUACUACUCGUGGAAACUGACCCUUGUAUUACUCUCGACUCUUCCGGUGUCCUUCAUCAUCCUUGCUCUCGCCACUCGACAGCUGGAACCUGCCAUUCAAGCACAGAGGAUUUAUCUGGCGACAGCCUCCAAGCUCGCAACGGCAUCCAUCAACGCCAUUGACAUCGUCAAAGUUUUCGAUGGCCUAGGCCACGAUAUGCGGCAGUACUCCAUUGCACUCCAGCUGGCGGCACGGCGAUACCUCGUGCAGGCCCGAUGCAAUUCGGUACAAAUUGGAUACGUCGGCUUCUGGGUCGUCUUCAUGUUUGUUGUUGGCUUCUGGUAUGGCAUUGUGCUCGUCAAUGAUGGCCUGCCCCCUGGCCAUGUUGUUACAACCUUUUAUUCGGCACUGGCAGCUUUUCAAGGAAUCGAAGCAUUGGUACCGAAUUGGCUUGUGCUUUCCAAAGGCAAGGCCGCCGGGGCCUCUUUGUCUAUCAUGACAUCGGACUCGAGCCAGCCCAGUCUCGAACAGUACGACAGUAUUUGGCUCGAAAACUGUGUCGGCCACGUGAAGUUAAUGGAUGUUAGCUUUACGUACCCGUCAAGCGAGACUGUACAAGCGCUCAGCUCGUCAACUUUCCAUUUCACUCCCGGUCAGCCAACCUUUGUUGUCGGCGAGAGUGGUUCCGGAAAGAGCACUGUUGGUUGUCUUGUUGCUGGACUGUACAGCACGACUGCUGGCCAGAUUCUCAUCGAUGGCAAACGCAUAGACAUGCUCGAUAACUCGUGGUUCCGCCAGAAUGUCACUAUAAUUCACCAGUCAAGCAUUCUUUUCAACGACAGCUUAUUCAAUAACAUUGCUCUUGGCCACCCAAACCCUCGAAAUGUCACACAUCAAGAAGUGUUGGGUGCCUGCCAGUUCGCCUUACUACAAUCAACCAUUGCCGAUCUUCCGAAUGGCCUCAGCACGAAUGUUGGGUCGGACGGCCACGGCUUGAGCGGAGGACAGAUGCAGCAAGUUGCCUUGGCCCGCGCGUACCUAAGAAAUCCCACCAUCCUGGUUCUAGAUGAAGUGACAAGUGGCCUUGACCGUAUCAAUCGAGAGCUUAUCAUGAACGCCGUCCGACAGUGGCGUACAGGCAAGACAACCAUCGUCAUCACGCACGAUUUAUCCGAGAUCAACGAUGAUGAAUACAUCUACGUCAUGGCAAAUGCCUCCAUAGUUGAGAAAGGUCUCAAGCGCCAUCUCUCGUGCACGGUUGAAGGCCGUUCUUCUCAAGAUUCCUCCCCGCGAGCUGCGCUGGUCGAUCCUCCAGUUGAUGUCGGCAAAACAACGCAUCGAAACCGUGCACUCUCAUUUAACGAUUCCUCGUCAUUUUUGCCAUCGUCAGCGUCUAAUUCUUUUUCAUGGGAGCCACGAGGUAGUUUCGUGUGCUGCAAUCUCUCCGCACCCUGGCGGACCACGGAGCGUCGCGUUGACGAUGCCAACGCGCCAGUACCAUCGGCAUGUAUGUCAAGCUGUCCACAUCUAGCAUCUGAAGAAAGAAUAACAAAAUUAUGGGAAACACAACGGUGUCGAUUUUCUACAUUCGUCCAAUCCAAGUUCUUUACCCUGUCUGACUUACUUUUCAAGGAUCGAGAAGUAAAGCCCAUUCACUCCCCGGAUUCGGCGAGCUCUGGCUUGGAUGAGCUCAAUUUAUUAAAGGAGAACUUCAUUUUUGGUGCCUCUGAGCGCCGGGCGAACAUUUCAGAGCUGCGUUUGGCAAUCGGUCAUCAUCGAUCUGAUGAUCACAAUCCGAGUCCGGACAAAACCCUUGGCAAGACGGUACAUGAAGGAUGCAACGUCUUGUCGACACUGAGAACUGUCUGGCCAAACCUGGAGGGGAUGAAUAAGCUGUUCUUCGUCCUGGGUCUACUGGCCUGCUUUGGUAAAGCUGUGACAACUCCGGCAUUUUCAUAUUGCCUGGCACAGCUUUUGGGCGUCAUGUGGGCCUCCGGUGACAGGGUAAUCCGGGGUAGGAACUGGGCAUUUUCACUCCUCGGGGUCGCAAUAGCGGAUGGCCUAUUCACAGGAGCAGGCCGAUAUCUCCUUGAAAGCUCAGGGCAGGCAUGGGUCGAUAAUAUUCGGCUUGAGGCAAUGAAGAGAAUCCUCCAGCAACCACGAUGGUGGUUCAACAAGAGAGGCCACUCCGCUGGUCGCAUGGUCGAGUGCCUGGAAAGGAACGCCGAGGAGAUGCGCAAUAUUGUCGGGCGUUUUUUACCCAUCGUCAUUGCCGUGUGUGGGAUUCUCUCGAUAUCAGUCAUCUGGGCCUCCAUCAUCUCAUGGAGGCUCACCCUGGUAGCCCUUGCUCCAUUACCCCUGGUCCUGGGCGCCGUCCAAGGAUACGCAACGGUGAGUGGCAGAUGGGAAGAGAGGUGCAACGACAGCGCACAAAAUUCCAGUGCGGUGAUGCUGGAAGCCUUUGUCAACAUCGGUGUUGUGAGGGCACUGACCCUUGAAGGACACUUUUCGGCAAAGCACAGCAAGUCGGCCAAAGAGACACUCUGUGUUGGCAUGAGGCGUGCGGCCUAUACCAGCUGGCUAUUCGGGCUGUAUCAGUCCAUGCCAUACCCUCUCGCAGCUUUGGUGUUCUACUACGGAAUGGUUUUGCUCGCUGGAGACAAGCAACUUGGUGUUGCAGAGAUGCUGCAGGUGGUGAACCUGUUGCUGUUUGGAAUAGGAACCGCUGCGGAUAUUUGCAGUGCCAUGCCGCAGCUAACUAUGGCCCAAGCUACGGCGGCGCAGCUCUUAAGCUACGCGAACUUGCCUCUAGAUCGCCCCGCGAAAGGAAGUUGGUCGCGAAGGCUACACUGUCCUCUUCCCGUGCGAUUACACGACUUGGAUUUCUCUUACUAUCACCGAAGCAAUGAAGGAGUCUUAAAAGGCGUUUCUCUGGACAUUUCACCCGGAGAAUGUAUAGCCAUCGUCGGCCGCUCGGGUUGUGGCAAGUCGACCAUUGCCUCCAUCCUCCUUGGUCUGUACAAGCCAUCGUCUCACUCAUUCAGUCCCGAACCGCGCCCACCUCCGCUCAGCUUUGCCAACGCCUCGUACGCCGAUAUCGAUAUGCAGCACCUUUGCUCCACAACCAUGGCCUUCGUUUCGCAGGCACCCUUUCUCUUCCCUGCCACCAUCGCCGAUAACAUCGUGUACGGCCUCGCAGCCAACUCGCCCUACCGCCAGAGCCAAAGCAUCAUCCUUGCAGCCAAGGCAGUUGGGCUAGAUGAAUUCAUCACCUCGCUGCCAGAAGGCUACAACACUGUCGUCGGUGACGGCGGCCAGACCCUAUCUGGCGGACAGGCGCAGCGCCUGACCAUUGCACGAGCACUCAUUCGUCGUCCGUUGCUUCUCAUCCUGGACGAGCCUACAAGUGCUCUUGAUUCUGAGAACUCUGCACUCAUUGGGCAGGUGAUACGAGACCUUAUGCAUGGACCGGGCAAGUCAAAUCCCAAAAUGGCCGUUGUUCUCAUCACGCACAGCACGGAAAUGAUGCAGGUCGCGGACAGGAUGGUUGUGCUCGAAAAUGGCAUGAAUGCCGAAGAGGGUACAUUUGAAGACUUAUUGCGGGCCAGAGGACUCCUGUACCACAUUUUGAGCGGAGGCGAAUGGUUCGAAGGCAAGCGAUCGUAG